UUCCUGUCUCCAUGACUACAAGUAUAAACUCUGUAGGAGAAAAACAUUGACUCGGAUGAGCUUCAGAGUUGUUAUAGGCAAAUACUGCAAGCUACCAGUAAAGGGAACACAGCGAUCGGCUACAGGAAUAUGACGUCUUACUUAUAUCAAGAAGUUGAGUUGAGCAAAAGACAUGAGGAGAUACUAGGUCAGAGAACAGCUCUGCUCCAGCAGAUGGAAAAUCUAACUGAGGGCCAGCAGAAGGAGAAGAAAAAUCGGACAGCGGUGUCGGAAGCAGCACAUGACAGAAAUACUGCCCUCCUGAAAGAUUUAGAAGCAAUGAAGGAAAGAUUACAUGCCAGAGCAUGUAUACUUCUACCCCCUAGUAUUGUCAGCAUUGAGACUCAAUACUGGGCAUCAGUUGAAGAGAAGAUCCCUCAAUGGGAACAGUUUCUUUUAGGAAAGGCACAAUCUCCACAAGGGAGGAAACAAAGAGCUGGAAAACAUUUUCAAAAAUGCACCCCUCAAGACAAACAAAACACAAAGUCGAGUGACUUGCCUCCCUCUCGCUCUAGCUCUAUGUCUGUGUCACGAUCGUCGACACCACGUGCAAAACUAAGAAACUAAAGAAAAAUGUUUUGCUGUACCUUAUCAUUUGCAUGUGGUUACUGAUUUUCUUUUGUAAAUGUUAACCUUUUAAAUGUGUAUUAAUAUAUGGACAUUCACUGUUUUUAUUUAAGCUACUAUAAAGGAGUAAUACAUAAUUCAAUGAUAUGAAAUAAUGCAGUUCCUAUAAGCUAAGUAUCGGUCGUUUGCAUUUUUCUCAUAUCAAUUCUAGAGUAUAAAGAUAAAAUGUUCACAUUUCAUGAAUGCACACAUUCUCUCAUAAACCGAUAGGAUGAAUUGCUAAGCAUAGUGUACCUGAGAUAACAGGCUUAUUUGACAGUUUGUUCUUCACAGAUGAUUCUAGUUUUGAAGUGAAGUUUUUUGCUGUUUUUGUCCUGGGUCACAUUUGUAAUGGUAUGUUAUGGUUUUAGUAAUGUGAAUUCCUUCUAAUGCACAAAAAACAACAACUUUCAACCACUGAAAUCAUGAGAUGUAUGCAACGAAAUAUGUAUCCACCAGAGGGAGCUGAUUGCUGUGUUAGAGUUUCAUUACUGAAAUAGUUACCUUCUUUUAAAACUACAUUAGGUAUUCAUUAUUAUUGUCUGUUUGACUUUAAAUAUAUUUUUUAUAUGAUAAUGGCAUGCACUUUUUUGUCAUUAACAUUGUUUAAUUUUUUGCGUAAAAAUGAGUAACAGUUGAAAAAAAAAUACAACAAUCAAAUUGUGCUCAAUAUUUAUUUGAUGUUUUCCGUAAUGAAAUGUACAAUUCUGAGAAUAUAUUAUUAAGCAUAUGUGGAUGCCAUCAGAUUUUACCCCAAAGAUUUCCAUAGACACAGUAUUAAACAAAUGUUGUCCACUCAUAAAAGAAAUGGUUCUAUAGUGAACUUCUGAUGGUUCAAUGGAAUGCUUCAUGUGUGGAACUCCCUAAUGGUUUUAUGUUUAAUAAUAAUAAUAAUAAUAAUAAUAAUAAUAAUAAUAAUAAUAAUAAUAAUAAUAAUAAUAUAUCAGAUCGUUAUUUUUAUAAGUUGAGAAAAAAAUCAGUGUUUAAAAGAAGCCCAAAUAACAGGAGGAAGAAUAAUUGUAUUCUGAAAGGACCAUGUACUACGUGUUGUGUGAUCAGAAUAAGUUGUUUGCCAUUUCUAACUGGUCAAAUUCUA